UCUCUAGCACAUCUGGGCAGAGCACAGAGGCUGCCACUGAAUAAUAAUGCCACCUGCCCUUGGGUAAUUUCCCCACGUUGCAAAAAGAGAGGCCAGGAUGGUGUCCUGGUGGUUAGUGGCCGCCCACAGUGACCCAUUCAGAGACAUAUAAAUGGGUUUUCAGGGGCUGGAGGUACUGCACACCCCUGGCCCCGAGGCAUGUGUCCUGGUGUGCGGAUCUCUGGGAGGAUGCGGGCUGUCCUGCGGGCUGUCCUGCUGGCUCUGCUCUCAGUGCCUAGGACCCAGGCAGUGUGGCUGGGGAGGCUGGACCCUAAGCAGCUCCUGGGGUCCUGGUAUGUUCUUGCCGUGGCCUCAGGUGAGAAGGGCUUUGCGCUGGAGAAGGCCACGAAGAACAUCGAGGGCGUCAUGGUGACCCUUACUCCAGAAAACAACCUGAAAAUGCUGUCCUCCAGGCACAGGCUGGAGAGGUGUGACGUGAACGUGGUGGAGCUGCUGAGACAGAGCUCUGGAUGGGUGUUUGAGAACCCCUCCCUGGGCGUGCUGGACUACCGGGUGCUGGGCACCAACUUCAGGGACUACGCCAUAGUGUUCACCCAGCUGGAGUUCAAGGACGAGGCGUUCAACACCGUUGAGCUGUAUAGCCGGACGGAGCUGGCCAGCCAGGAGGCCCUGCGCCUCUUUGCUAGGUGGAGCAAGGGCCUGGGCUUCCUGUCUCAGCAACAGGCCACGCUGCAGCCGGACCCCACCUGUGCGCACAAGGCUUUCUAGUGAAUGUGUCGACCUCCAGGGCGGGCUGCUCUCAGGACUCACCCUGCAGUUCCAAAUAAAGCGAUCCCACAAAGCCCUGC